AUGACAAUCGUGCCUUUGGGGCCCACCAUAUUCUUUGUGACCGCAUGUGCCGGGUCCGGUUGGGUAGACCGCCAUGCAGCGGGUCGAAAUCAUGUUGAGCCCGUUCGCUCGGGUGUGAACUUGAAGUUCGGCGGUGGGGAACUUCGGGCCCCUCUUCCACGUCUCCUCACCUUCUGGAAGCUGGACUGUGUGGCGUUCCCGGUUUCGGGCAGUGGCACCCUCUGA